AGUGUAUUAUUUUUAGUUGUUCCACAACCACCAGUCGUUAACAACAAUCUCUAGACAUUCAGAAUCCAACCGCUGACACAAAAUGUUUUUUAAACUCGUUUUCUGUGUACUCUUACACGUUUCUUUAUCAAAAAUGUUACCUCCUUAUAUAGAAAAGUGCAGCAAAUCCGACCCCAACUUGAACCAAUGUCUUGAUAGAAGGGCCACCGACGCUGCUGUUAAACUUCGAGAUGGGAACAAAGAUCUCGGGAUUGUUCCUUUGGAGCCUUUCAUCAUUACUAAGGUAGAUUUAGGCAACGUUACCUCUGGAGCGGUAUCAAUUCAUCAGAUUUACGAGAACAUGAAGCUGUUCGGAAUGACGAAUUCCACCAUGACAGACUCAGAUGCUAAUUUCUCCGGAGAUCAGUGCUACUGGAAAUAUACGUGUUUAACACCGGCCGUUCGCAUGGAGUCUGACUAUAGCAUGAAGGGACGAUUGCUGCUUUUUCCUAUAAAUGGAUACGGGAAGUGCACAAAUUAUUUGUAUGACAUAGAAGGUCGUUACGAGGCAACAUGUGAACGCUACACAAAGAAAAACAAAACUUUCUUUCGAGUCAGUGACUUCAAAUUUCAAAUGAAACCCAAAAGGAUCGUCUUCGAUUUUGAAAAUAUCAUCGACGGCAACGAACAGCUUAGCAAAGAAGUGGUUAAAACUCUUAAUGAGAACGCUGAAAGUGUGUACGAGGAUGUGGGACCGGCGUUUAACGAAGUGAUGGGGACCGUCUGGAAGCAAACUCUCAAUCAAGUGUUCAAUAGAGUACCAGAAGACGAGUUAUUUUUACCCUAGUUUUACCCAGUUUAUUUGUGACUAAAUUUAGUUUAGGUUUCUUAUAUCGGACUUCUUUAUUGCCAAAGGACUUUCAAUAAAUUAUAAGUAAUGAA